AUGAACCGCACUGUGCCCUAUGGGAUAUGGUCGGCUUGUGUUCUGGCUCUGUGGCUUGGCAUCACAGCAAGCGCCAACAACGUCGAUGUGAAAAUUACAACGUCGCCGCCAUCGCCACAGCAUCGUCAACCGGCGGAGCUCCCUGGCGAGCCUUCCCCACUGGGCCCUGUCUUCCGAUGCUACUCCCCCAACGCUCCUGAUCAUGAGCCAACGUCGCAGGAUGUAGCAGAGGUCUUUGAUAGCAGCGUUACUUUUCGCACAGAUCCGCGACGCAUGCUGCUGAGCAAUGACAUUUUUUUCUGCGAGGUCCCUACGCAGGACGAGCUUGGUCGUUGGCAUACACGCAUGUACGCGGUCUUUGGCACCGUCAUGGUUCCUCGGAAUGAUGCGCCAGCAUCCCUCUCGACGUCGCCUGUCCACCGCGCACAUGAAAUCGACCCGGGUGCAGCCGCGGCUGCUGCAGGUGUCGCACAGUCCGAGGCGGAGCAGCGAGCCAAGAUGCACGUCGAUGACCCACUCCUUAGCUUUGACGAAUGGAAAGAGCAACAUUUAGAACAUGCGCGCAAGCUGCGGAAGAGCGACAAGGCGCGCGAGCGCGCAGCACACAAGUCUCAGGUCUCAGGUUCCGAUGUUCGAAGCUUCGACAAGUCAGCUUUCUUGGCCGCAUCUCUGUCAGGGUCCUCUUCGUCGCCCUCCGCUACAUCAACAUCCGAGGUGGCACGCUCGCCUGAUAGAGAGGGCGAUGAAUCCACGCGUGCUGCACAUGCUGAAUCUGCUGCUGCUGAUGUAGCUCAGGGAGCUGCACAAGCAGCUUACAAUCAAACUAUGCUUGAUGCCAGUGCGUCUAUGGAUCAGAAUGCACCCGCCGACCCAGGUCCCCCGCAUAUCUACGCGCAGGAGGACGCUUCAGCUGGACUGGCUGAGUUGAAGCAUCGUUGGAAUUAUGCCUCACUGGAUUGCGCUGCCAUUCUGCACAAGGCGAAUCCGUUUGCCAAGUCGGCCAGUGCUAUUCUGAGCGAGAAAAAAGACAAGUACAUGUUAUCGCCGUGUCCAUGGUCGGCUGGAUACCAAGGUGACAAGAGUGGCCGGCCUGAAUCGCAGUUUGUCAUCGUCGAGCUAUGUCAACAGAUUCGUGUCGAUACUAUCGUCUUGUCAAACCUUGAGUUUUUCAGCAGCAUGUUCAAACUGUUUGCUGUGCGCGUCGCACGCUCUUUGCAUGCCCCUGAGGAUGAAUGGCACACGCUAGGCUUCUUUCAUGCUCGCAACGCGAGGGGCUAUCAGGUGUUCAAGCUAUCAAGUGCACCACAAUCCUACUUCCGUUUCCUUCGGAUUGAUUUCCUCGAGCAUUACGGCACUGAGUUCUAUUGUCCUGUGAGUCUUUUGCGUGUGUACGGUCGGAAUGAGCGUGAGGAUGCCGAUGAUGAUAUGAUGGAUGAUAUCAAUGCUCUGGACGACGAUGAUGUUUCGGACAUGUUGGAUGAUACAGUGCCAAGUGAACCUCUUCUGGAGCUGGCAAGUACUCAUGCCAUCGAUGGCAAUCGGGUCGUGGAACGUGCAUGCGAGCGCGAGCCAUUCCCAGGUCUGUGGCGCCCUGUCUGUGAGCGUGUCCUACCCGUUGUUCUGCCGCCACCGCCUCUAUCGAUGCCAACAGGGCUCGCUACUAAUGACUCGUAUUCGCUCAUGGCUUCCCAAGUACCGCCACCUUUGGAUCCAUUCGUGCCCUUGCUUGUAGAUGACAUGCCAACUAUGUGUAUGUCGACUUCAUCUGUUGCAACCACAUCAUCGCCUGAUCCCGUGGCAGGCAGACCCGUCUCGACGUCGCAGCCUUCCUCACCACCGUCCUCAACAGUGUCGACAGACUUGUCCGUUGAGCAACAAACAACGUGGACUUCGGCUACAUGGACAGCAACGGCGACAGCAGCGACCUCGAGCUCGACCAUGAUGCCGCCUCCUUCAUCGCCACGGACCACAUCCACCGCCUCGCUAUCGGAACCGCCGUCACCAUCCACAUCCCUCCCACCUACUUCAUCUUCCGUAACAGCGGCUGGGGGAGACUUGCAUACUUCUUCGCUAUUGGAUGGAACAUCGGAAACGAGACGAACCGCCGAACCCAAAGGCAAUGCAGCGAAACCGAAAUCAUCCAACAAGCCACAGGGCGAUACCAAGUCUGGCGGAAGCGAAUCGAUCUACCGAACCAUCACAAAGCGUUUGGUGGCCCUUGAGGCGAACACGAGUCUGAGUAUGCAAUUCCUCCAGCUCAACAGUCAAAAACUACGUGACAAGCUCUUAGUGCUAGAGCAAAUGCAAGAGACGCGGCUUGCAGAGAUGUUUGCCGCGAUGAACGCAAGUCAGGCUCGUGUUUGGGGCGACAAGGUUGGUCAGCAGCAAUCGGCUCUCGCCGCGCUUGAGGCCCAGCAACAGUCAUUCGAGGAAGAGCGCACAAUUCUCUUAGCUCGUAUUGAGCGCCUCGCCGCUGACGUUCGCUCGGAAAAACGCUGGGGCAUGGCUCAACUAUCGCUGCUUUUGAUACUGCUACUCAUUCUCGCGCUCACACGAAGUCCUACGAAUCUUGCGCACGUUGCGCCUCAGUCUGGGGAAUAUAAGUCGCCGCCAUCUCUACUGCAUGCGCCAAAUUCAACCGAAGCGUCGCCACAUCCCAUCGACAACAUGGAGUAUGACUCAGGUGAGCCUCUUUCGGCGAUGUCAACACCUGGGCGCUCGUCAUCUUUUACGCUGACGCCGCGGCCUGUAGCAUCGCUGCAAAGAGCACGCCGGCGGUACGCGACACCGUCGACAUUGAUUCGUGCUCGACGCCUUCGCCUAAACGGCGCAAAGUACCGACGUCUCUCUGAUACCCAUACACCACAUAUGAUGCCGGACCCCACUGCAACAGAGUGGACGGAAAAAGACAGCGAUUAG